UUGAAUGAGAGAGAACCACAGGUUUUAAUUAGAGUUAAUUGGAGGGAAAAGGGGUGUAUUAAAAAUAUAAGAGGUCACGUGACUUGCACACUCGUGGUCAACACCGGAUAAAAUAGAGUCAACGCCGGAAAUUAGCAUUAGCCAUUAGGUUGUCUUUGACAAAAAAAUUUAUAAUAUGCUUAAAAAAAAAUUUAAAAAAUUAUUUUAAAUAAAGUAAAUACUUUAGAAGAUUGUUUCCGACAAAUUUUUCCUCAAACAAAUCCAUACAUUACAGCACCCAAAAAAAAUUGGUUUUUGAUUAGAAAAAUUAGUUACGUGGGCAAAUAAAGCACUCCUAAUAAAGUAAUAAACAUAAUUAUAAUUAAGUAUUGAAAGUACUAGGUUCCAAGCAUAAAGUUGUAAAUAUAGCAUCCCAAGGAUAAAGUUGUAAAUAUAGCAUAGGUGAAGUUAAACUACCUUCCUCUGUUCAUCUGUCCCCUACAACGGUCGAUACUUGCAUAAAUUUUAAUUUUAAAUUAGCGCCGCACUAAUUUUCAAAUUAAUUUUGACUCCCUAAUCCUCCAAAAUUUCCCCUCAAUUUUCUCUUUCCCGUGACUCCCAAUUUGCAAUUUCCUAUUUUUCAUCCUUUAUAUAAAUGCCACCCUCUUUUUUCUUCCAUUUUAUCAACUGAACCAUAAUUCCAAAAAAUUAAAAUGGGGAACUGUUCUUUAAAAAGUUCAGCAACAACAUCUAACAAAGUAGUUCACACCACUAUCCGAAUAAUGACGGAUUCGGGUCGGGUUAUCGAAAUAGAUGGUCCGAAACUAGCUCAAGAAGUUCUCGAUGAUUUCCCGGGUUACGGAAUCUAUCAAAAGGGUCACCUUACAUUGCCAUUAUUCGAAGAUGAACUUCUUAUUAAUGGUCAAUUUUACUACCUACUUCCAUUUGGGGUGUCUGGUAGUAAGAGUUUAUCCGAAACGGUGUCGUCGAGUGUGUCUACGAGCUUCUGGAAGGAUCAAAACGCUGCGUUUGAGGUUUUGCCUUCGAAAGGAAAUGGUGUUUGGCGGGUAAAAAUGGCGAUUGAUAGUAAAGAGUUGGAGGAAAUGAUGUCGGGGAAUAACGCAGAAGCGUUGAUUCAAAUGAUGAGAUCGGCUGCGAAGUCGUCGGAGAAAUCGCCGGAAAGGAGUUUAAGGCGGCGAUCAAUGGCUUUGAUUGCGGCAGGGUUUAGAAGUCCGGUGACUCCCCGGAGGCUUACUGCUUGUUGAUGCUCUGUUUUUUUUUAAAAAAAAAAGUUUAAUUUUUAUUUUAUGUUAUGGAGGUUUUGAUUUUGUGGGUCAUAUUGGACUCACUUUAGAGAUGGUGUGUAAUAAUUUACUAAUUAUGUACGAAGUAGUUCACAUGCAUGUUAAUUGGACUCCAAGAUGGCAAAACAAGAACCUUGUGACUUUGUGAGUUUUUUUUCUUUUCAUAAUUCAUGUGAUUAAAUUUUGACUAAAUGUAUACUAGUUUAGUACACAAAGAGUCUGUUUGUUUCAUCUAAUUUUUAACUUAUUCUAUCUUAAUUUUGAUUAAAUGUAUACUUUGUAUUAAUUUUUAACUUAUUGGCAAAUGUAAAAGGCAAAAAUUAUUGCGUACACUUAAUAAAAAACAAGGAAAUAUGUUAGUUACACGGUUUAAUUUAAGUUUUUUUUUAUCCAAACAAGCUGAACUUACAUUAUUUAUCAACCACGAAUAGCAAAUAAACAUACAUCUCUACACAAAGAGAAUGUUACAUUUUAUCAUAUUUAUAGAGAAGUGAAUAGUGUAACUCACUGCACGCU